AUGAACCCGGAAGACUGCUAACAAACGGGAAUAUUUUCGUCUUAUCGGGCAGGCUUUUAUAAACACUUUGUUCAGUUAUUCUGGUCGUGAGAUGGAGGAUACACUCUUUCAAUUAAAAUUUACAUCAAAACAACUAGAGCGUCUCGCCAAAAAAGCAGAGAAGGAAUCUGAAAAAGAGCAAGCCAAAGUAAAGAAGGCUUUGCAACAGAAAAAUGUGGACUGUGCCAGAGUAUAUGCAGAAAAUGCAAUCCGCAAAAAGAAUGAAGGCCUUAACUGGCUACGGAUGGCGUCUCGGGUGGAUGCAGUGGCUUCCAAAGUUCAAACUGCUGUCACAAUGAAGGGGGUUACAAAAAACAUGGGACAAGUAACAAAAGCUCUGGACAAAGCUUUAAAUUCCAUGGACCUCCAAAAGGUUUCUGCAGUUAUGGACAAAUUUGAAUCCCAAGUGCAGAACCUGGAUGUUCACACCUCGGUGAUGGAGGACUCCAUGAGCUCAGCCACCACACUCACCACACCCCAGAACCAGGUGGAUGACCUCAUCCAGAGAAUCGCAGAGGAAAGUGGCCUGGAGGUGAUGGACCAGUUGAGCCAGCUGCCUGCAGGCUCCUCCACUCUGGGAGCAGACAGCGUACACAGCCAGGAGAAGGAGGACAACCUAUCCCGACGGCUGGCUGCUCUCAGGAACUGAACGCUGCAGACAGACCUGAGACUGCAAUGAAGCAAGCAGGAGGUGUGUGGAUCCACUGAACUCGACAAUACUGGCCACUGGCAUCCUGCUUUGUAAAUACACUGCUCCAGUUCCCCCAAAUUAGCAUGUCUCACUUCACUUGUGUGCAUUUAUUAAUGAUUAUUUUGUCUUUACUAUCAUCAUUUGAGACAUUGAAAUGAAGUGAAUAUGAAUGCGGAGUGGAUACUGACUGUGGUUCAAAGCAGUCAAGGGUAUAUAUAAUGUAACAUCUGUAACUAUAUAACAAUAUAAAAAUAUAUUUCUGAAGUGUUUAAAGACUCGAGAACCAAAAUACUGUUUUUGUGGUGGGUUUGGGGAACAUCAGGCUUCCAAGAAUCCGCAGGUUUCUGCAACAACUCCAUAAAAAUUUUACCCAUUUGGAAACAUCAUUUGAGUUCCAUCAUAUGCAAAAAACAUACAAUCAAGUAUAUUGUACAAAUUAUAAUUGUGUUUUUUCAGUCCGUUUUCCCCAAUGGAAUUUUAAUGUUUAAUGUUGUUCAGUUUACUGAACUGUCAUAAACAUUGUUAUGGAAAUUAACAUUUUUAUUACGUUCAAACAAUCUGCCAGCAACACUAAUGAGAAGAGUGACGCUGCUGUUCACCUUAUUUAUUAUGCUGGAAUAUUUUCAAAACAAGUGUCAACUAGUAUCAGGAGCUAUACAGUAACAGCAAUAUUCACCUUACAGAAUCCAGGAAUGAAGCGACCCAAGUUUGCUCUGUUAUACGUUCUUCAGUCGUGUACUUGUAUUUCUGCUGUGGUUUACAUCUCUUCUCUUUUGUUGCCUUUUUUGUUGCUUUGGGGCCUUAUUUUUUUACGUAAGUGCUAUGGAUACUCAAGCGUAAUGAGUUGCUUUUUGUUCAGCUAUAACAGGUGUCAAAACUCAACUUUCCCCAAUUUAGCUUAAUCUUAGCCAAUUCUGCACCUUACGGUUCUACACAAAUCUACACAUACUUUGAACCUAUAGUUUAAUCUGAGUUUUAUUUAACUCCAAUGCUAUCUUCAAGUAUAAUCGCAUAAACACUAUAGAACUUUCCUCAAAUUUCUUGUCGGUACUGCCUAAGUUUGAUUGCUUGUAAAGGAGAAAGGACUCUAGAUGCUAACUGGAAACAUAUUUUUGUCAUCCAAUUGCUUUGAUGUAAUAUGUAAAAUUGUUUUUAUUUACUACAGAAACAAAUAGGAUGGACAAAUUAAAUGUCAUGGUGGUGAAAUGGAGAUUGCAUCGGGUAAUGCCCUUUUUUCACCAUGAA